AUGCCCUUGCGUUUGAAAAAAAUACACAAUAACACAAAAGGUAAGAACGAUGGCAAGCUAGAGUCGAAACGAGAUAAGAAGUCUGAUAUAGAGAGGGCAAAAGCAAACGCGGCUCUGUGGGAGGCCAGGUGUGAUCUGACCGAGAGUUCACGCGUGGAGGACCGUGAAGCAGCGCGAAGACUGAGCCAAAUCAACCAGCAGCUCACUGAUCUACAGCACCACACUGAGAACAACAGCAUCGAGAUCGUCGCUGUUCUGAGGAACAAACGCCUGCAAAACGAAGAGAAGAUAGUGGCACUGGAACAACAAAUACAGCUCGAGAAAACAAGGGCUUCUCAGGAAAAAGAGAAUCUGGCCAUUCAGUACACUCUUAAGAUCAAUGAGCUGGAGGAGAAGUUUAAGAACAGAUCUAGUGAGUUCGACAUGAUUCAAGAGGAGCUUAAGAUCAUCAAUGACUUCCUUAAGAAAAAGCCUCAAAUGGAGCAAGAACUCAAAAAUCUGAAAGAAACUUUGGACAAUGCAGAUCUAGGAUACAAGAAAACACUUGCAAGAAUGGAGCAAAAGUUCUUCAAUAAUAAGGUUCUUCUAGAGAAGGAAGCUGAGCAAAAGAUUGGUGUGCUUGCAGAAAGGGCUCACAAUGAAUCCAUCAUACAGCUGGAUGAUGCAUCUCGCUCAGUGUUCAAGGAGAAUGUGCGUCUAAAUAAGGCAUUGGGUUACAAUAUCGAAAAGGUGGAGGAUCUGCGGAAGAGAAAUACAGCACUGGUAGAAGAGAACAACAUCCUUAGUUUGCAUAAGGAGAUGAGUCAGGACACCUCAAAUGACACCAUAUCUAAGCUUGCAGCCCAGCGGACCACUGUUUCUGAGCUGAGGGCAAAGGUGUUCACACUGGAGCAGGCCCUGGCCAGCAUGGUGGCUGAGUUUGAGUCGGAGAAGGCUGAUAUCAAGCAGCGUGCUGCAGUCAGGUCUCAGGCUGGCGGUGUAGAGCUGGACAAACUGCAGAAGCUUCUGAGUGUACGGGACAGGGAACUGAGCAGAGUGAAGAGAAUAGCCCGCAGCGUAGUGGAGCAACGCUCAGAUAUGGAGGUCCACUUCCAUGAGGCUUUGAACCAAGUGAAACAGGAGAUGCUAAUGCACAGACAGGAAGCAGAAGUGAAUCAUAGCAGGCGGAUGGAUGAGGCUGAAAAAGGCAGUCAGAAGAAAGCCAAAGUGAACAUAUCAGAGAUGACCUGGGAGCAAAGAGAGAGAGUUCUCAGACUGCUCUUUGCUAAAAUGAAUAGCUUGACAUUGAAGAAACCAAUUCAUGCUCCAGCUCUGACAGAUUCUGAAGGGAACCGGUGUAGCAGCAAUCUAAGGAGUGAAGAGGAGGAAUCCCAUGCGACGUUUUUAACACAAGAACCAGUUUCCAGCAUGAGCUCCAGUGGAAACUCCAGUGCUCUGCCAGACCUGUAGAUCAUCUGACCGAAUCACAGAUAAGAGAGCUAAAUAAAGUCAAAGUAUAAGUUAAAUAUUGCAUUUCAGCUAUGAAAUACCAGGAAAUGUUCAUGUGUGUCUAAACU